UGUACUGCUUCCGAAAAGGAAAAGUCAAAAUAUUUUAAUUAAUUUAUAAUUUACUAUUUAUUAGUACUAUUAUUUUCUUUUCCUGCUAAGAAAUUCGGUAACGCGUUAACGACCCAGACAAGAUCCGAACGGUCUAUCUUUGCUUCUUCAUAGAAGCUUCUCUGUCAAUUUAAUCUCUUUUUUCGAUCGUGCGCAUUUUUGUUCAAUCGGAGAGGGGAAUUCGCACCUGUCUGGAUCGGGAAACGCUUCCGUGAUUUACACAGAGUUGGAUCGAUCGCAGAAUUCAGUGCCUUUGUUGGUUUGCUACUGCCCUAAUUUGGCGUCAGUUGUCAAGGAUUAGAGAAGAUGAAGAAAUCGAAGCUGCUGCAGAGUUCAAAGGAAAUGCUUUCCAGGAGCUUCAAUCCGACAAAAUGCAAGACGUCGCUAAGGUUGGCAGCGUCAAGGUUGAAAUUGAUGAAGAACAAGAAAGAGGUGCAAGUGAAGCAAAUGAAAAAGGAAAUAGCCCAAUUGCUCGAGUCUGGCCAGGAACAGAAUGCUCGAAUGCGGGUGGAACAUGUUAUUAGGGAAGAAAAGAUGAUGGCUGCAUAUGAUCUUCUUGAGAUAUACUGUGAACUUAUCAUUGCUCGCCUACCUGUAAUUGAGUCGCAGAAGAACUGCCCCAUUGACUUGAAGGAAGCAAUUACAAGUGUUAUAUUCGCAUCUCUAAGAUGUGGAGAUCUACCCGAGCUUCUAGAUAUAAGGAAGCAACUCACAGCAAAAUAUGGGAAAGAUUUUGCAACUGCAGCAAUUGAACUUCGUCCACAGUGUGGUGUCGGUCGGUUGUUGGUAGAGAAGCUAUCUGCUGCAGCACCUGAUGUGCAGAUGAAAACUAAAGUUUUGAGUGCCAUUGCAGAAGAGCACAAUGUUAAAUGGGACCAUGAAUCACUUGAGGAGAAAGAUUCAAGACCAUCUAGUGACUUGCCAGGCGAAGCAAGUUACUAUGGGAAUGAGAGCAAACCACAAGCUGAACAAACUCAUUUUGAAGCUGCAGUUUCUCAAGCUCGCCCCAACAGUAACAGUGUACAUAGCGCACAACCGAAUGUUUUUCAGCAUGAUCAGAGAUUCCCAGUGGAAGUACAAAAGGUCAAUUCUUCUCAACCUUCUGUUGCCACCACAAAGUACAACCCUGAAUCUAGGCCUCAAGGAUCAGGUGAUUAUAGGGCCCAGCUAUUUCAUGGUAAUAGCAGUUCCAGCUCCCCUGGUGAGCAGAGAUGGAAUAUGGAAUUCAAGGAUGCUACAGCUGCCGCACAGGCAGCUGCUGAGUCUGCAGAACAGGCAAGUUUGGCUGCUAAAGCUGCUGCAGAACUUUCAAUGCGUAACAAGAUCAUCGGGCAAGAUUCUACUGAAUUUCAUCGGCCGGAUGCUUAUAUUUCAAAGGCUGAAGGACUGGAUACACACUCAAAUCCAAAAGUUUCACAAGAACAAUUUCCAGAAGGUACUUUGAAGAAAUCCUCUCCUGGCUCGCACAAUGAGAAAAUUGAUAGGAUUAUCCCUGAUGACCAUAAGACAGCUACGAGAUUCAAGGAGGAUAACCAUGGUGGUUCAGAUGAAUAUAAUCAGCCAGCUCCCUUACUAUCUAAAUCCUCAAGUACUGAUGGCCCUUCAAAUAAUGGCUCCAGAGUCGAAACAGUAACUAAGGAACAGUCUUUCAAAAAUUUAGAGGAACCUGCAAAUGACUGGGCGGAGAAAACUGAGAAUCACGAAGAGAAAAAGAUGAAGAAACAAAAUAGUGCAAACUCUUCUCGUUCUCAUUCCAGUAUUUCUGAUGAUGUGAACAUUUUUGCAAAUUCAGAGGACCUGAAAUAUGAAGAGGAUGCUGGAGAGAAUCCUUUUGUCGAUAAUGCUGAGGGUAUCAUUAAUGCAGGAGAAGCCUCUCAUCAGAGCCAUGAAGAUGCUUCUGUAUUUUAUGACAAGUUUGAUUCAGAUACUGAUGAUCACGGCUUUGAUUUAGGCCCUAGGUAUGACAUUGGCUACUCAGACUUUAAUAUACCGUCAGUAAGUCUGAAAUCACCCGACGACCUACCGGUUACCACAGAUUCUUGGAUUCCUAAAAUUGAAGCAGCUGAGACUGUUGAUUCUACUUCUAUAUUUUUCACAGGAGAGAGAUCAGCCAAUGAUUUUUCUGAAAGUAUAACUUCAAGGGAAGAUGCUGAAGUCAAUAAUUUUGCACAUGUAACAUAUGAUGAUUACGAUGGACCUAGUUCUGAUAAUGAAAACUUAAAUACCGAGCACCAUGAGGCCGAAGAUUCAGUACGCAAUCCAGGUAAAGUUAGUGAAAGAGAACAAUCAUCUACAUUGCGAUUUGAGGAUGUAGGCCGGCAUUCAGACGGAUCACCAUCAGAACAGCUGAGAGUAGACAGGAAACAAUUGUCGAUUUCCUCAGAUGAUGAAUUAGACCAUUCAAGAACAAGAGUUGAGAUGUUUCAUGACAAGAAUUCAGCUGAGCAGCAGGUUUCCAGUCCUAAAGAGUCGCGGGAGAUAAGUGGCUUUGGCGACGAAUCCAGUUCUGACGGUGAGGAGAGGCUUCUAAACUUACCAAAGCUCGUUGGUGGUCUUCGCAACAAGGGCCGUAACAGUCUGCCUUUCUCAAAGAAUGUGCCAUCAUCUGUCGACAAGGAAACUGAAAAGACUGGCGAUGCCUCUAGAACCUCCAACACAACACAUUUUCCUGGUCCUAAAAGAAAUACAGUGCUGCAUUGGAAGAAAAACAUACUGGAUUCACACUGUGAAUCAGACAGCAACAGUUCUGAGGAUGAAGAAUUUUUGCAAAGGCAGUCAGGCCGCAAACAGGGAACGAAGAAAGAAAUUAAGACAAAGCAUUCUUAUGUUGGCUCUAAUAGCAGUGAUUCAGAUGAGGAUCAACCCAAGGUGUCUCUCUCUAGGAAAAGCAAUCUGCAAAGUGGAAUGUCUCGAAGAACAAGAACCCCUACUAGUUCAGGAAAAAGUUCAUCUAGUAAGAUUCAUCUAAGGUCUGAAGCAAAUGAAAACGAUACUGGCAACGACAGAAAGCCUAUUUCCUCCCAUGGUUCUGAAACUUGGGACAAGAAUGAGACACAAAGGAGAAACUCAGGUGAACAGGAAAACCACGAGCAGAAUAUCUCAGCAAAAGUAGCUUCCAAGCCGGCCAAGUCUAGUUUCUGGGGACCGCCAGAGCAACCUGAGCCUGUGAAAACAACGUCUAUACCGAUGAAGGAGUCUGAAACACGGCAUAGAUCUGAAGUGAAUGAUUCAUUGUCUAGCAUGGGAGGAAAAUCUUCUAAGUUUCAGUCCUCAAACAGGACCACGAAUCAAAUGGACAUAGCUGACCAGCCUACCUCACCAAAAAUGGCCUCAAAGCCUACGUCUUCAAUUUUGGGGAGAAAUCCAGAGAAACCAAGUUCAGCAGAGCCAUCUUCCGCAUCAAUGCUGAAAUCUAAGAUCACUCAGAAGUCAUCUACAGUGGAAAAGCCAUCGAAGCCCACACAAAAGGCAGAGGCUUCAAUUAGUAGUGAAGUUCCAAAGUCAGAGACGGCGAACAAAGCUUCUUCAGACAAACCCGACACUCCCAAAAGAGCCAGCCAUGUUCAUCCGAAGCUUCCUGAUUACGAUGAUCUGCUACAAUCACUUCGAAUGAAACGUUCUUGAAGAGUGCAGUUAUAUUAUUUGAGACUUCUGCCCGGUAAGACAGCUUUAAUCUCUCUAUGGUUUAUUACCAUCUCCCUGAAUAUCUAUCAUGGCUGUGGUUAUUUGAUGUUAGCUAUGAAAAAACUCCAUUCUUUUGUUGAGUGUAUAAAGUGGAAACUUGGAAGUAUAAUCUGAUAUAUCCGUUGUUAGAAUUUAAGUUCAGGAAAUGGAAAAAAAGAAUUGUUUUAUUCUCAGGUAAUCAA